GAGCGGCUGGUUGUGUUCCACGACAGGACGCCAGCCACGCAGUGCCACCUGCAGGUGGUGCCGCGGCGGCACAUCAAAAACCUGGAUGAGCUGCGGCCCACCGCUGCCGACCACGGCCUGCUGCUUGAGAUGAUGGCUACAGGGCAGAGGGUGCUGCAGGAGCUGCACACGGGCGCGCCGCAGCAGCUGGGCUUCCACCGCCCACCUUUCAACUCCGUGCUGCACCUCCACAUGCAUGCCAUGGCGCUGCCCUUCCGCCCCGGUGCCGCCAGGUGGAAGUACGUG